AUGGCUCCCCCAACCUAUGUCAUUUCCAAGGCUGUCGACCCCGUCUUCGCAGUCGCUGUUGGCCUUGCUGCAGCUGCAACACGCAUCACUCGUGAGGGGAAGGAGAAGGGCAAGACCACUGAACAGACUGUCGAAGCCGGCAAAAGACGGCUCGGCUUCGCAAUGGGUCUGUCCAAGUAA